AUGUUCGCUCACGCCGGUGAGCGGAUUGGCGACUAUGAGGUCCAGCAACUUCUCGGUCGUGGCAGCUUUGGGGUUGUGCUUCUUGUUCAGACCUCUGGGCUUCAGCAGUUUGCGCUGAAACUGGUUCCAUGCGACCACCUCGACGACGAUGAGGCUGCCAAAGCAGCCGAUACCACGAUGGCCGAGGCUCAACUGAUGCAGCGUCUCCGACACCCUCACAUCGUUACGUGUCACGAUGUGCAGUUCGAUCCGCCUCGGAAGUGCGUGUGGCUCGCCUUGGAGUUCAUGGACGGUGGUGAUCUGGGAAAUCGGAUCAAAGCACGGCGGCAGGCUGGUCAGGCGCCUUUUGAGGGCCCCUUCCUGCAGCAUGUGCUUUCCACAGUCGGCGGCGCCCUUUGCUAUAUACACUCCCAAGGAGUACUCCACCGAGAUGUCAAGCCGCCCAACAUCCUCGUCAGCAGCAGCCUGCACGAAGUGAAGUUGGCAGACUUUGGAAUCUCCAAGAUUCUCGAAGCCUCCGGCCACGCAGGCACUGUGCUGGGAACUCCGGCCUACAUGUCGCCCGAGCUUGUCUCGGGCAGGCCUUAUGGAACUGCUGCUGACGCCUGGGCUUUGGGUGCCUGUCUUUUCGAGCUGGCAUCAUUGAAGCGGCCUUUCGAUGCGUCGAAUCAGCUUGCCUUGGUCUGGCAGAUAGUCGAGCACGACCCGCCGGAGCUUCCACCGGAGACGCCGCCGGACAUGGUGACUGUCAUCCGGGGCCUCCUCAACAAGGACCCGUCACUCCGGCUUCGACUGGAGGAGCUAGUUCCAGAUGAGGCAGACCCGGUGAUGGCAGGUUUGGUCCAGGCCGAAAAGGAGCGGCAGAUGAAGUGCAUCGAGCUCAUCGCCUCGGAGAACUUCACCUCAAGGGCCGUCAUGGAGUGCCUCGGGUCGGCCUUGACCAACAAGUACUCUGAGGGACAGCCAGGGGCCCGGUAUUAUGGUGGCAACGAGGUGAUUGACAAGGUGGAGAACCUGUGCAAGGACCGUGCCCUCAAGGCCUUCGGCCUGGAUGAGAAGGAGUGGGGCGUGAACGUGCAGCCCUACUCUGGAAGCCCUGCCAACUUUGCCGUGUACACGGCUUUGCUCCCCCCGCACGCGCGCGUCAUGGGCCUGGAUCUGCCCAGUGGCGGGCACCUCACACACGGGUACUACACUGCGAAGAAGAAGAUCUCAGCCACGUCCAUCUACUUCGAGUCGCUGCCUUAUCGUGUGCACCCGGAGACGGGCCUCAUCGAUUUUGACGAGCUCCGGAAGACGGCACUCGUCUUCCGGCCGGCGAUGAUCCUGUGCGGCGCCUCGGCCUAUCCCCGUGUUGUGGACUUCGCCAAGUUCAGGGAGAUUGCUGAUGAGGUGGGCGCUUUCCUCAUGGCCGACAUUGCCCACAUCUCGGGGCUCGUGGCGACGGGCGAGCAUCCUUCGCCCUUCCCCUUCUGCGACGUGGUGACCACCACUACGCACAAGUCCCUGCGGGGCCCCCGGGCAGGCAUGAUCUUCUUCAAGUACAGCGAGAAGGUGCCGGAUAUCAAGGAGCGCAUUGACAUGGCAGUGUUCCCGGCAUUGCAGGGUGGACCCCACAACCACCAGAUCGGUGGCCUGGCCGCGCAGUUGCUGGAAGUGUCCACCCCAGACUUCAAGGAGUACUCCAAGCAGGUCAAGGCCAACGCCAGUGCUUUGGCUCAGGCCUUGAUGGCCAAGGGCCACAAGCUCGCGAGUGACGGCACGGACAACCACCUCAUCCUCUGGGACCUGCGCCCCCAUGGCCUGACCGGCGGCAAGGUGGAGAAGGUGUGUGAGCAGUGCUCCAUCACGCUGAACCGCAACGCCGUGCACGGCGACGUCUCCGCCCUCUCCCCUGGCGGCGUCCGCGUGGGUGCACCCGCCAUGACCACCAGGGGAUGCAAGACCCCCGACUUCGAGAAGAUCGCCGACUUCCUGGACAAGUGCUGCAAGAUCGCCCUGAAGGUCCAAGAGGAGAAGGGCAAGAAGCUCAAGGACUUCGAGGCAGCGCUCCCUGGCAACGCCGACAUCCAGGCCCUCAAGAAGGAGGUCGAGGCCUGGGCGUCCACCUUCGGCUACCCCGGGCUUUGA